AUGCCGCUUUUUCGCGAUCCAGAUCGCCAGCGUCAAUAUAUACGGUCGAAUGACCAUGACGAACUUGAAAAAGCUAUCCAAGAAUCAUCUCGAACCCAAAUUGACCUCGAAAAUCACUAUUCGGUCGAUAACACUGAGCACUCUGCUACAAGUCGUUUAUCAUCCUCUUCAGACCUUUCCCCGAUUAUGUCAUGGGCUCGUACCGAUCGGCAAGAAAUGAUUCAGAGAAUCAAAGAAUCCUCACCUUGGAGACUCGAAAUAAGGCCGCAGCGUAACAGUGGAGAUAGUAGUUACAUGUCUCAUGACUCCCUGAGGGCGGCGACACAGACAGAAAGAGAUGAAGAUGAAGAUUCCACUUUCAGAGACCACAUCUAUAAACAGUCAUUCGAGGAACUGGGGUCGCCAGCCGAUAUCCAAAGACCUCGAUCUGCUUUACACUCAGGGGAUUUUCGGGAAAUUGUGCCACAGCAUGCUCCUGACUCACCCCGGCCUCGUUUCGCGCAGCCCAGUCUAUCUUCUCCACUUCCUCAACUGGGUACCUCACCUACAACCCCAUGGUUCGGUGCUCCGGUCUUCUCUACCCAUACUCAGCGGCCAAUUCUAUCCAGCGACUACCGUGACUCUACUGUAGCCCUGCAAACCCGAACCCGAGCACCUUCACUCGGAUCAUUCUCUUCGAGUUAUGUUCUCAAGGCGCCUACAAGUCCUUUGGUACAUCAGGCCAACAACACUGAUUUGGACUUUUCGCCUCGAGAAAAUUCAAGGGAUUUUCUGGAGCCUACAGAGAGAGCGAAUCGGCGACGAACGCUUCCCCCGGAGAGCUUCAGCCAUCUCCAGUCAUCGCCCCCGGGUGUUAAAGCUGUCAAUAUUCGCACCCCCUUUUCGCCGCGGCGAGAGGAUCUGUUUUUCCACUCGCAGCACUCACCCAGACGGUCACUGAACUCAGCAUAUUCCCUUCAGCUUGCCUCGACAGGCAAUAAUACCAUAUAUGGUGCAAGAAGGCUAUCCUUAGCUUCCGAGGCCCCUCAUAAGUCUCAUGCGCCAAUGGUGGGCUCUUAUGAGGAAUCUAUCCUACACGGACGAAUGUCUAUGAAUCCGUCUAAGCCACUGGACUUCACGGCGCAAAUAGGAGUAUUGGGCAAAGGCAAAUGCAAAGGAAAUCUCAAAUGUCCACCACAUGUCUCAGUGCCUUUCCCGGCUGUUUUUUAUCACUAUCCGACUUCAGGUAAUGGACGCUCUAUUUCGGAUGACAGUCCCAGCCCUUAUGUGGGACAGAUCGAUCUGGAGAACUCGCUUAGCAAGAAUGAUUUUAGCUCGACCCCGCGUCGUAAACGGAAGGUCAGUCUGACAAAGGGCUCAGAGAACAAAGCUGCGGAUGACUCGGGCUUGGCUCAAGUUCCCGAUUCUGAUACCCGACGCCGUAGGGAGAAGAAGAAUCGGGGAGCAGAGUCACCCAAAUGCCCGCCUGGGGGGUGCUACCGGAUUCCUCAGCAAGGACAGCUGCAGAUAAUCAUCAAGAAUCCUCACAAGACAGCUGUGAAGUUGUUCCUUGUCCCUUAUGAUAUUGGCGAUAUGAAACCAGGAACCAAGACCUUCAUCCGGCAACGAAGCUAUUCGGCUGGGCCGGUAGUUGAUAUGCCGCUGAGUGCACGUAGAAACUACGGCACUGAUCGCCCUGAAGCGUCCCUGAAUGCCACAGAAGAUCCGAGGAACAAACCAACGCUGCGGUACCUUGUUCAUCUGAAUAUUUGCUGUCCAUCUCGCGGUCGCUUCUACCUACACUCGACCAUUAGAGUGGUCUUCGCUAACCGGGUACCCGAUGGCAAGGAGAAGCUACGAAAUGAGAUUCAACUGCCAGAACCCCGGUACAGCCCGUACAAGCCUACUCGAGAGCCAGCUCUUUCGUCAUCUGCAAAUGCUCGGUUGGCAAUCGAGAAUGCCACUCGACGACGCAGUACCUGCCAAAGCCCCAUCACCCAUCUUCGCCCUCAUGUGACCGCGCCUGAUGAUAAAAAUAUCCCAAUGCACUGGAAUGCAGUGAAUUUUCCAGGCUCGUAUCCAGAUUCUCAUCAGUCUGAUGAAUCUUUUUACAGCAAGCUCAAUAAGGGCGAUGCUGGAUAUGGAGGUUAUCUAUAUCAUUCUGGACAGAGCGGUCCUGAAACUGGCGAGAGUCUACUCGCGAGGAGACUUCGACACUUGGGUGUCCACAAGCAAGAAUCAUUUGAUAAUUAA